ACCCGGCGGCGCAGCGGUCUGAGUGCCCCGGGGGCCCCUGAGUAGGAGGACCGCGCCCCCCAGGUCUGCGCGGCCGCCCUGCGCCCCGAUCGGAGCGGACGGACGCUCGGGCGCGCGGACGGGCGGACGGACGGCGCGCGGAGGGGGCGCUUGCCCGCGGGGCGGCCGCGGGCGGCGGCGAUGAGCGCGACGGCGGCCACCGGCGUCUUCGUGCUGUCCCUCUCGGCCAUCCCGGUCACCUACGUCUUCAACCACCUGGCGGCGCAGCACGACUUCUGGACAAUUGUAGGGGUUGCUGCCCUCAUCCUGCUCCUGGUGGCCCUGUUGGCUCGAAUCCUCGUCAAGAGAAAGCCACCCCGGGACCCGCUGUUCUAUGUGUACGCGGUGUUCGGCUUCACCAGCGUGGUGAACCUCAUCAUCGGCCUGGAGCAGGACGGGGUCAUCGACGGGUUCAUGACGCACUACCUGCGGGAGGGCGAACCGUACCUGAACACGGCGCACGGCCACAUGGUCUGCUACUGGGACGGCUCCGCCCACUACCUCAUGUACCUGGUGAUGGUGGCGGCCAUCGCAUGGGAGGAAAGUUACAGAAACAUCGGCCUGUACUGGGUCGGAUCGAUAAUGAUGAGCAUGGUGGUUUUUGUACCGGGAAACAUUGUAGGGAAGUUUGGGACACGCAUCUGCCCUGCUUUCAUCUUAAGCAUCCCGUACACAUGUCUCCCUGUCUGGGCCGGUGUCAGGAUCUAUAAUCAGCAGCCGGAAUAUUGCCAUUACCCGUCCAAGGUUGUUCAAGAGGUCCAAGCAAAGGACCUGCUGAGAAGACCAUUGGACUUCCUGCUGGUCAUAUGCCUCCUCCUGGCAACUGGAUUUAGCCUGUUUAGAGGCUUGAUCGCUCUGGAUUGCCCCGCCGAGCUCUGCCGCGUGUACACCCAGUUCCAGGAGCCUUAUCUGAAGGACCCUGCCGCGUACCCCAAGAUCCAGAUGCUGGUGCACCUCUUCUAUUCCGUCCCGUACUUCCUGGUGGCGCUCUACGGGCUGGUGGUGCCCGGAUGCUCCUGGAUGCCCGACCUCAGCCUGCUUCACGCGGGAGGCCUGGCGCAGGCUCAGUUCUCCCACAUCGGUGCUUCUCUCCAUGCCAGAACUGCUUACACCUACAGAGUGCCCGAGGAAGCCAAGAUCCUCUUCCUGGCAUUGAACAUGGCCUACGGGGCGCUGCCCCAGCUGCUGGCCUACCGCUGCGUCUGCGCGCCCGAGUUCUUCCUGAAGGCAAGGGCGGAGGAGAAGGCCGAGUGAGGGCAGACACGACUUCCCGCGGCUCUUCUCGCGGGAUCUGGAGACCCUGGUUCUGGGGUUUUGUCUCAUUCCACUCCCUUCCGUUCUGCACUGAGUAUGUGAGCUAUCUAUGGGGCUGCGUGGGUCAACUUGUUUUUAUUUUUUGAAGGAAAGCUGAAGUUAUUGAGAGAAACAGUUUAAAGAGAUAUAUUCAAUUUUUUUUUUUUUUGAAUAAACUUGACCGUCUCAAUGUUCUGUUUGCACAUACUACAUAUGCGUGAAACAUGACUGUUCAG